AUGUUUGGCACAAUUCGACCACGGGCUCCAGCACGAUGUCAUCAACAUAGAGUGCACUCAGUUUAUGUGGAAAACAGCGCAGUCUGUAUGAACCAAUCACAAACUCUUGUAGUCGACAUCGUUCCGAAUUCUCCUGGCACUCAGCCAGAGGAGGUCGUCAUAGUGUCUUGCGCCCCUUAUGGGGAGGAUAUUAUUCACGAAAGACUUUCUCCGAACCACCUAAAUAGCAUGGACAUCCAAAUAUCCUUAGCCUCGGAAGGUUUUCUCAAUGUUGACAUCAUGGAAAAGAAUGUGGUCCUCGUAGCCGCUCGCUAUGCUGUCCCAACAUUGUGCCAGAUUGUUUCAGAGCACAACAAAGAUGUCAAAAUAAUCCAGCUUACUGAUGAGGGUGGCUGUACGUCCACAUCUGCUAUUACGCCAUUUCUAAGAAAAUUAGCCGAACGAGGAACGAUCUACACGGCUAAGUUGAACUCAUCCGUUUUUAGCGGUUUGAAUGAACCUCAGCUGCAGUGCUCGGUAGUCGCUUGUGGAGAUUUAUGCAUUCAGGUUGGCAAUUAUACAAUUAUCUUAUUUUAA